GCUUGGCUCUACUGUUUCCUGUAUGUCAAGACACGUGAAGGUCAGGAUAGCGCUGGAUCGGUGUAUACAGUAGUCAGACAUUAGCAUUAAGAUAUUUUGUGCUGCGCUUUUUCUGCUGUUCUUCUAUCCAAUGGAUACUCAAGGAGUCGCGACAGAUCCUCAGCUGCAGCAGUUCAUCGAGAUCGAGUCUCAGAAGCAGCGGUUUCAGCAGCUGGUUCACCAGAUGACAGAAGUCUGCUGGGAGAAGUGCAUGGAUAAACCUGGUCCCAAGCUGGACUCCAGGACAGAGGUGUGUUUUGUAAACUGUGUGGAGCGAUUCAUCGACACAAGCCAGUUCAUCCUCAACAGACUAGAGCAAACUCAGAGGAGUAGAGGAGCCUUUUCGGAGACCAUGACAGACUAGCCUUCAGCCAAUGCGGAACUUACAUCAGCCAUUUAUCAAGGCUUUGACAUGCCAGUGUAAGAACUGAGAGGCGACAGGAUUCAGUUCAAUACUCAAAGACAAAGUGCCUCAGUCUGCUCUCUUUGUUAUUAUUUUGAAGGCAAUAUAUAUAUUCUAAUAUGAAAUGGAUGCACAUACAGUCCCACAGCAAGACCUGUUUUUCACCACCGUAUUGACAUUUGGCAGUGUAAGACUUUGGUGUCAAGUCAAAUAAACAUCAUCUGAAAGAAAGGAAUUGAAGAGGAGGCUUUGUUUUCAUUGUCUUCAAGCUACAUACAAAGUCUACAGUGUGCUUAAUGUCAUGAUCAAGAUAGGUGGCUUAUUCAGUGUGUUGAAAUGUGGACUUAAAAUAAAGACAAAAAAGCCCUUGCAGUUAUUAAUAUAAGCUCCUUCAAUGCUAAUAAAACCUCUAAGAGGUUUCAGAGCGUUAUUUUUAAAAACAGGCAUAGCAGGGGCUGCAGAUAUAUAUAUAAUCGAAAGCCACCGCAGAGUUUGAGUUGUUGCUCACCUUUUCCAAGUAUAAACAUGAGUGUUCUGAGCAUUCAGAGUUUUUUUUCUUUAGAAAGUAGGCAUGAGAAUUGUGUUCAGCACUGAUAAUAAUAAUAAAUGUUGCUUGAGCAUCAAA